GGAGCGGUAGGCCUAUAAAUAUGGGUGUUAGGUGAGGGUAAGAUAAAAUUUUCUACUACGUUAUUCUCUUCCUUCCUCCUCCUCUUCCUCUCUCUUUCCUCUUCUGCAGACCUUAAAUUUGAGUGUAAGGUCAAGUUUAGGGCUUAUGCUAUAGCUACUACUACUACUAUAGGUGCGCGUCGCCUCAGAGGUGGCACUGGAGCUGCCCUGUGUAGGCCAUGCACCCGGCCUCUUGCAGUUUCUCUAUGUUCUUAUGUUCUUAUGUUAUGUUUGUCACAUCCUGCGUGGCCGGCCUGAGGGGUUGUAACAGGGCGGGCGUGACAUUACCACAGUGUGCCUUCCCCAGGUCCUCGUUGCUCCAGAGCGUAGCUCCGUUACCCUGGGGGGGCUAUAGGGGUGCGGGGUAGAGGCACCCAUCGCUCCCCUUACCCAGGGGUCCUGAGGGAGGUACAUCUUUAAACCCCAGGGAGGAUGAACAGCUCAAUACUAAGUUACAUGAAGAGAGGAGGAAGGAAGUGAAAAAAAAGUUUAAAUAUAUAAACGGAUGAUUGAAACAGCAGUCAAUUGAUAAGACUGACUUUGCGUAAUACUGAGGAAAGCGUGCACAGCCACCUCUGACCAAGAUAAUACUUACAACAUGGAUUAUUUUUAGUCCCUGAAAGCAGUGCAUUAACAAGGGACUUCCUAGAAAUAAAAGGGGGUUGAGAGGGGGCAAAGUCCCCCUGUUUGCUAGGUUAUGUAAAGUAAGGUUUGGUUAGUUUAAAUAUACUAGGCAGGCAGUGAGGGGUGGCGGGAAUACACAGUGCAGGGCGGGGGUGGCCCACUAUUCGGGCCAGUGUUGUGAGAAAUGCCUCCUGCAGAAAUGAGUGGCUCUGGUGUCCACCAUGCAUGGGGCAAUACACAGCAGAAAACAUUAAUAUGCCUGGUUUUGUUCUGGUUUGUCCACUUUUUUCCUCAAUAAGCUUGGGUGUGAUUCUAGAGAUUUUGGAUAAGUAAGUCACUGGUGUCCAACGCUCACUGGGGGAACACACACACAGCGGCAAAAAACAUUUAUUUGCCUGGUUUUGUUCUGGUUUGUCCACUUGUGAUCUUGGUGAGCGCUGAGUAUAAUCAGUAAGAAAGUUGAACCUCUCUGUCAGCUAUAUAGAGGCAGUGGGAGGUGACGGGUGUACAACAGGCAUUGAAAAGUCAAUCAAAUAGUGAUAUCUAGAAGUGAAUAUUAUCUCCAUAAUAAACAGCAUCAUAUUUUGUGCAGAAAUAAGCAGUCAGCAUCUCAAAAUUAGUAGGCGACCCUCUCGUGAAUAAUCCCACCUGAGGUUUUGUGCCCCGGGAGGCCUGGAAUGCCUGUAAAUAUGAGUUGAUGGUGGCAGGAAUGCCUAUUCCUGAAGUCUGUACGGGUGUGUUCUGCCUACUCUGGAACAGGGCAGGAUAGAUUAGUUUUUAUUUAUUAUUAUUAUUUUUUUUUUACAUCUCCGCCUGUAGCACCGGUAGGCUUUCUUCAUGGGCCUGGAUGGUGGUCGGCCCAAACCUGUCAUGGCGCAGGCAAUUUUUAUAGUGGCGCCAAUUAUUCUUGGCUCAUGCUGCCCCCCGGAACUCAUUCUUGAUUCACUGGGCGGUUUCUUCUUGAGUCUGGAUUGAUGGGUGGCCUUCUGGACAGCAUGUGGGUAGUCUGUGGCCACUUGGUGGUUAGGCUAUGUAAGGUUAGGUAGGAAGUAUUACAGGUAAUGUUGAGCGGGAAUCACAAUGAAAGUAUUUUCCAGAAUGGCCCGUGGUUAUUUUUCAAGUUACAGCCGAGUGUCUUCACUCAGGAACCACAUACCUGCAGAGACUUCGGGAAUAUGCGGCCCGGCGGUGUGUUUAGGCAGGAAGUGUCCCCAGUUGUGUGAAGAAGCUGAGCAGCGUCUCCCUGGCCUGGGCGUGGAGUGAGCUGGUCCCCUCAUCACCAGCACCAUAGACCAGGGGAUGAGGUGCUCCUGGCCCUCCGGCACACCCUCCUGGGCGGACCAGAGGAUGUCCACUGUGCUGGUCACUCCACAGUCCUAUCAAGGCCGUGUUGGACAGGCUCAGUGACGACUCGGACACACGUCAAAUAUCUUCCCUCAGGCUCAGAGGCACUGACAGGCUUCUACAGUGGUAGGGCUGAAGCGACACAUCCUGGCGGGGGGCACCUUUGACAGCCCAGGGCACACCUCCGCCCCCGCCAGCAACCUCAUCACCCGACUGCUAGUUCAGGACCCAGUGUAGUGGUCCAACUCAGAAGAGAUUGCUGCCACGACUACCUGGCUAGUGCCCCCCCUCUUAUGUACUAGCCCUGACCUUCAGCGACGACCCCGACCCCAUGGAGGGGCCUUCGUGGUGCAGUGGUUAGCACACUCGGUUCACAACCGAGAGAGCCCGGGUUCGAUUCCCAGGUGGAGUGGAAACAUUUGGGCGGCUUUUCCGAUACCCUACGCCCCUGUCCACCCAGCAGUGAAUGGGUACCAGUGUUCCUGUGACCACGAGUACCACAAGAACACCGCUGUGCUCCCUGUGGAAGGCUGUGACCUGCCCACCGUCACGGCCGGAGGUUACCAGGAGCAACACAGCACCAGGAGGUAAAGUUACCCAGUGCUGCUUACCUGCCUGGCCACCUGGCUGCCCUGAAGCCUCCUCUCAGAAAGCCUGAAAGAGAGGAUGAACAGCCAGGGGAGCCGGGCGCUGGUUGACCAGAGGCAGGAUUGAACCCGGGCCAUGGAUCCACAGCUAGGAAUGCUAACCAUUACACCACCUGAGACUGUAGAGGCCAAGGCAGACAAAGAAUCAGGCAGCACCUUGUGUGAAGCGUGUGGCCGAGGGUUCAGCAGGAAGGAGGCGCUCCAGCGGCACAAGGCGAGAGUCCAUGAGAAGGCCCACGGCAGCCACCAGUGUGGCCGCACCUUUCCCCACACCUCCCUGCUGGCCGAGCACCUCAGGCCACACCAGGGAUGCACUUGUCCGGAAUGUUCCAAGGUGUUCAGCUGCAGAUCCAACAUCACGCUGCACCGCCGGGCCCACCACAUGCGCCUACCACUGCACUGCCUGCAACAAACACUGGAAGUUCCACGCCAGCUACACCUACCACAUGAAGAAGUUCCACGGGAGCAGCGGUGUGGCGGGUGCCGGCCGGUGGUGUGCUCUGCGUCAGCACUCCCUGACCUGCCGCGUCCACCACACUCAGAGUUGUCACUUUUGCAGCACAGGGCAGGAGGCAGCUUUGGAAGACAUGCAGGGGGUGGCAGGGAGGUCAUGAAGCCACUCCCUGACAGUGCACCAGGUUGUGGCUCCCUGCUCAGCCCUGCCCACCUCAGCAAGCAAGGAACUGACAGCCUUGUCCUGCUGUCAGAGAUGAGGAAGAUUCAAGUGUACCCACCUCCAAACACCUCCCACCAGGCGCCUCCUGCGGGGGAGAUCAUUGUGGAGGUGUUGGAGGACACGGAUGCAGAGUACCAGUACAUCAUCUUGGUGGAGGACGCUGCCGUGGCCCACUUCACCAUGACGGACACUGCUGCCAUAUGGAACACCUCAGGGCGCCAGUGUCCGGGCGACCCACUCCCUCUGCCACACACACCCCACACACACCUACACGAACCCGUGUAUCCAUCCCGAUGUGUUCUUUUAGUUGUUGAUCUCAAUAUUUCUCUUCUUUCUGCGGUAGGAGCUGUAGGAGAUAGCCCUGUAUGCGUUCUUGGAGCCAUACCAGGGGUAGGAAACGGGGAGUCAAGUCCCCCUUAAAAUUCCCUCCUGUACUCCUAUUGCGGGAAAAAUUGUGGGAGUAUAUAGGCCAGUAAUCUGUGCUUUAUCUGUAGUGUAAGACGUGUUAGUGAAAUAAGAGGCUGUAUGUUUGGUCUUUAUGACGGAGAUGGUUCUCGUCGUGUAUGGUUUUUUUUUUCCCGAAAAUGUAACGUUCCCCCUCUCUGAGUCUCUUUCAUACAUCAUAUGUACCUGGUUUUACAAUAAUUGUACACCCGCCCAAGGGUAAAGAUUUCGUGGAGAAUCCUCAGCCUUAUUCUGGUUACCAUUGUGAGAGGAGAAAACUAGAAAUCAGUCGUGUGUCCAUUCGCCCAUUUCCGUCAGUUUUGGGUAAAUCAUGCCUUCUAUGAGGAAUUAAUUGUAAACCAUGUCGUCAGGUAUGCCUAUGUAUUACCUUCUAAACUAAGUCACAGGAAUAAAUGUAAGCACUCCUAUAUAUAGGCCUUUAUUUCUUGUCACUCCCCGUUGUGAGAUUUGUCCGGCCAGCUGUGAGUUAAACUAACCAUUUACCGCCCCCAAGUCUGCCCCGCUCACCUCGCUACCCUGCCCAAGGGAUCAGAGUCUCGCUCUGGGUCAUUUUAAUCCCUCAUUAAAUCCUUAGUCCUUUAUAUACACAUACUCUUAAGGCUCCCAGUGAGCUACCGGUGACAUAGUUCAUCGGUAUAUCUCUGGGUGGUGGCAGCAAAACUACCCCUAGGGUGAGUCCCCCUUGUUUUUCCCCAGAUAUCCAUUAGUUGAACUUCCUUUUUUUUUACAUCAUUUAGUGACCCGAAUUUCCGGGCACGACAGUCAGUAGUCAGAAGUGUGGUACAAAUAGACAGAGGAGCAGCUUUUUUGACAUUCAGCAAGUCUUCUGUUCCAGAAUAUUUGCACCCAAUAGCUGCCACACCAUUACCAUUUAAGUAAUACUUGACACCAUGAGUGGUUAGGUUGGGAAACUGGCCUUUGAGCUCUGGCACACUUCAGGUUAUUGACUGAUGGUGGUAUUGAGAAAGAAGGGUGACAAUAAUUUCUUCCCUUUGAAUGGUCCUUACAGAUGUUGUCUAUUGUCUGGUACUGUUGUCCUGAUCAGCACUGGUGACAGGACAUGUAGACGAAGCUAAUACUCAUUCUUGAGCUUGUAAGAUCUCUUCCAUAUU